UUGCCAAAACUUUGAGGAUAGCAUAAAAUUACUCCAGAAUAUCAUUGACACCAAUUUCUUUCGUUCUGAACAUAGCAUACACAAAACAAAAAAAAAAAAGGCACAAAGAUAUUCUAGUAUCGCUUUUGUUAAAGAUAUUCCAUAGCAGAAUUGCUGUGUUGCGAGUGUCAAGAGCUGGAUAAUGCCAAGUAUUUAUUAUCUUUUCGUGUUAGAAGUAAAUUAAGACAGCACCAACAAAAUUCAUUUUGAAAAGGGGAAAGAAAAGGCCUCACAUUUGAUGCUCUGCUCUUUUUUCCUUUUCCUUUUUUUUCUCUCUCUAGGGGUUUGAUUAUAUGGUUCUUUGAACAACUGCUUCUAGUAUUAUAAUUUGAAAGCCAUGUUUCAUUGAGAGGAAAACAACAUAAGGAGUAAAGCUGUUGAGUGAAAACAAGGAAUGAGAAUUUCGCUGCAGCUGCUUCUUAUUCUUGUAUUUGCGAUCAGCAGUGCCUGCGGUGGCGACCUUGAAGUUCUGCUAAAGCUGAAAUCCUCCAUGACAGGGGCAAGGGACUCUCGGCUCGAGGACUGGGAUUCUUCAAGGGAAUCAACCUCUGCUCAUUGCUCCUUCUCUGGAGUUGCAUGCGAUGGGGGUAACAGAGUGGUAUCUCUCAACGUGUCGGCUCACAAUCUCUCUGGUUCACUUCCUCCUGAGAUUGGGCUCUUGAACAACGUAGAGAUUAUGAUAUUGGCCUCUAAUAAUCUCACCGGAAGAAUCCCUGUGGAGAUGGCUAAUCUCACGUCUCUAAAGAUUCUCAACAUUUCUAAUAAUUUGUUUAUGGGCAACUUCCCUGGAGAGAUCGCUCUCGGCAUGACUUCGCUUGAGGUACUUGACAUCUACAACAACAACUUCUCAGGUCCACUGCCUACUGAGCUCGAGAACCUCAAGAAUCUCAAGCAUCUUCAUCUGGGUGGGAACUACUUCUCUGGGAGAAUACCUGAUUCCUACUCCAACAUUCAGAGCUUGGAAUAUUUUGGUUGCAACGGCAAUGAUCUCUCUGGCAAGAUUCCAGCAGGCUUGGCUCAAAUGAAGCAAUUAAAAUAUUUGUUCCUUGGCUAUUACAAUUCUUAUGAAGGAGGUAUUCCACCUGAGUUUGGAUCAUUGACUUCCCUUGAAGUUCUUGAUAUGGCGUUCUGUAACCUCUCUGGUCAGAUUCCGGUGAGUUUAGGACAAUUAAAGCAUUUACAGUACCUGUAUAUCCAAAUGAAUUCUCUUUCUGCGGCUAUUCCCCAUGAGCUUUCAGGGCUAAUUAGCUUGGAGUUCCUUGAUCUUUCAAUCAACCAACUCAGUGGAGAGAUACCGGGGAGCUUCUGCAAGUUAAAGAAUGUCACAUUGAUCCAUUUGUUCAAAAACAAUCUGUCUGGUCGAAUACCUGCGUGCAUCGGCGAUCUGCCAAAUCUCAAGGUGCUUCAUAUAUGGGGAAACAACUUCACAUCUGAGCUCCCUGAGAAUCUUGGCUGGAAUGAGAAGCUUACACAUCUAGAUGUUUCUUUCAAUCGUCUCACAGGACCGAUUCCUCCGAAUUUGUGCAAAGGAGGGAAGCUCUCUGAAUUUAUUCUCAUGAAUAAUUUCUUCUAUGGACCAAUUCCUGAGGAGCUAGGUAACUGCAAGAACUUGACCAAAAUCCGUUUACAGAAUAACAGACUCGACGGAACAAUCCCUGCUGGAAUCUUCAAUAUGCCUGCAUCAACCAUUAUCGAGUUGAACAAUAACAAUUUCUCCGGUGAGCUUCCGUCAAAUAUGUCCAGCAAUGCACUCGAAUUACUAGAACUGUCUAGCAAUGGAAUAACAGGAAGAAUUCCUCCUGCUAUUGGAAACUUACAGAACUUGAAGACACUGUUGCUUGACAGGAACAGAUUUUAUGGUGAAAUUUCUGAAGCAAUAUUAAACCUCAAAUUUCUUUCAGGAAUCAAUCUUAGCACCAAUAAUCUCAGUGGUGCAAUUCCACCUUCCAUUUCUAAUUGUACUUCUCUAACAUCUUUGGAUUUUAGUAGAAACAGCCUCAAUGGAGAGAUUCCAAGCGGAAUUGCUGCGCUGAAGAAUCUUGCAUUCCUGAAUGUUUCUGAAAACCACCUCAGCGGACAAGUACCAAGUGAAAUUCAAUACAUGUUAAGCCUGGCAAAGCUUGAUGUCUCUAAUAAUAAUCUGUCAGGAAGAGUUCCAUCCAGUGGACAGCUUCUUGCAUUUGAUGACAGUUCAUUCUCGGGAAACCCUUAUCUCUGCUCUCCCCACAACAUUUCUUGCCAGUCUCCUGUAAACUCAAAUCAAACUUCUAACAGCCGCCAUAGCUACAGGGGCUGGCAGAGUAUUCAAAAGCUUACAGUCAGCUUAAUUACAGUAUGUCUCCUGUAAUGCUGUCCACCAAUCUAUAUUAGCAUAAAAGUAUCUCAAGCUUUGUUAAUAGUUGGCAAAAAAAAUCCAUCCUGCUUGAAAGAGAGUAAUGUUAUGUGAUUAAAGCUUGAUGGGUUUGAACUGUAUCUAGUUGAUAGUAUUGUUUGCAUA